CAACAAUGGAAGUUUGUCCCGACUGGAACAUAGUGAGGAAGAUCGGUGAUGGAGGUUACUCUGAAGGAGUUUUUGAGGUAGAGAAUCCUUCUCAAAAUCUACGAGCUGCUAUGAAGAUUAGUGAUAGGACUCAGAAUCUUAAGAUGGAAUUCGAAGUAUUAUCAAAGCUAAAUAAGUACUUCCCUGACGAUAGAAAUUUCCCACAAGUGAUUGAAUACGGGUCAAUAUCAGAGGACAAGGAUUAUUUGGUCAUGACUCUUCAUGGAACUCAUAUAGAUGAGUUAUAAAAACACUCAAGUUUGAUAACACCUGUGAGUUCUCAGAGAACUUCAACUCUGUUUAUUCUGAUAAGGACUAUUUCGACCUUGUGAUGACAAUGGGACAGCAAUGAAUCAAAUCUUUGCAGAAAAUACAUUCCUUAGGGUAUGUCCAUGGAGACAUCAAGCCAGCUAAUAUUUUGAAUGAUUCUACCGAAGAUGAACUUCUUUUUGUCUUAAUAGACUUUGGCAUCUCUUUGAAAUAUCUCGACAAUGACGGGAUGCAUAAAUAUAAAGAGUUUGUGCCAAAAUUCAGAGGAAAUAUUGAGUUUGCAGCAUUUGAAUGUCUCCAAAAGUUUUCUCCAACUAGGAAGCACGAUAUGGUCUCACUUGUGUACACAAUGCUUUACCUACUCAAAGGAGGGGAGAGGCUUUGGGGUAAGGAGCGAAGCACUAUUGAUGAAACUUCAGAGACCGUAUAUAACAGCCUUCAGGACUAUAUAGACAGCAUUAUCAAGCUUAAAGCAUUCACCAAAUUUGAAGAAAUUUGAGGAGAUUUUAGCAGCCUUGAGAAAUUUUAUAAUGAAAUUAUAAAUCUUGAGUAUGAAGAGGAACCUCAGUAUGCUCUUAUGAUAGAUAUGCUAGAAGAGCUUAAAUCUGGACAAAGAAUGCUGAAAAAGGAGGAGCAACCUCAGAUGCUGAAGAUCAAUAAAACCCUGAAAAAUCUUCACUUACAUCCGUCAAGAAAUAGAGAUGGGAUUGAUGCUGCAAAGGAUAGAAAGAUGCAUUGCACUCUACUACACAUUAAGCUAGGCUCUUAUAGUCAAUUUCAUAAAUAUGAGAAAUCAAGACCUUUCCACUAUCUAGAACUUAGUCAAUUGAUGCCGGUUGCAAUACCAGAUGAAUCAUUAGAAGAAUGCUCUGAUGAAGUUUUCAUCACUUGAAACAGUGGAUAUGAUUCAGAUGAAGAGUCCAUAGAAGAUGAGCCAGUUGCUCAAAUACCUUUCUAAACAAUAUCUCAGUUAUUGCUUGCUCUAAUUCUCAAUGCUAUCAUUUAU